AUGAUCUGUUUCGCCUUGUUUUUUGGACUGACGGUGGGUUCUGUGUGUGGAAAAGCUGCUGCGGAAGCAAAACUCGCUUAUGUGACUGUGUUGUUUCGUCACGGUGACAGAUCACCAAUCAGAGCUUAUCCAACUGACCCAUACCAAGAGAACGCCUGGCCACAAGGCUUUGGGCAGCUGACACAGGAAGGGAUGAGGCAGCACUUUGAGCUCGGACAGUUUCUGAGGAAGCGCUACAAAGGAUUCCUCAGCGAAUCCUAUGAUAGACACGAAAUUUUAGUUGACAGCACAAACUUCGAUCGUACCCUAAUGAGUGCUGAGGCCAACCUUGCAGGACUCUACCCACCCAGUGGUCAGCAGGUCUUCAAACCAGACUUAAAGUGGCAGCCGAUUCCAGUACACACGCAACCUCAAAGUCAAGACAAGUUUCUCUUAUUUGGUGUGGGCGACUGUCCUCGGUUCAUCCAGCUUAUAGAUGAAACUAAACACACUGAAGAGUACAUUAAUGUCACCAUCAAAUACCAGGACUUCAUACAUAUGUUGAGUAAUAAAACUGGUCUGAGAAAUGCGAAGUUGGAAUCACUCUCGUCCAUAUAUGACACACUCUUCUGUGAGUCCCGUCAUAGCAUGUCAGCUCCUGACUGGGUGACUGCUGAUGUUAUGCAAACCCUUGCUAAACUCCAUAAUUUCAACUUCCAGGUAAUAUUUGGACUCUACAAACAACAGGAGAAGAGCCGGCUACAAGGAGGUGUCCUGUUGGGUGAAAUACUAAAAAAUCUUUCCAAAAUGGCCGUUUCAAAUUCCGAACAGAAGCUGAAGCUGAUGAUGUUGUCAGCGCAUGACAGCACUGUGGUCGGACUUCAGUCCAGCAUGAAUGUGUACAAUGGAAAAUCGCCUCCAUAUGCCUCCUGUCAUAUGUUUGAGCUGUACAUGAAUGACAACGGUUCUGCUUCAGUGUUGAUGUUUUACCGGAAUGACACCUCUGUGGAACCGUACCCACUGCAGCUGCCAGGAUGUUCCCUUCAGUGCCCCCUAGAGGACUUUGUGAGAAUUACAAAGCCCUCAAUAUCAGAUGACAGGGCCAAAGAAUGUCAAGUGCCUUCAGAUAAAGGAAACAAAGAAGUUAUUGUCAUUCUGUCCGUGUCUGGCUGCCUACUGUUACUCCUCAUCAUUGUCCUUCUCACCAUCAUUUGUUGGCAGAAGGAGUUGAGUAACAGAGAAGGAUACCAGCAUGUCAUCAACGAAGAGGUUGGAGAACAGUCCUGACAGGAGUUUAAGCUCCUCCCCUGGAAAUGUCAUGGCCUUGUGGCUUUGGACAUCAGCGAUGAGGAUUGUGUUUGAACUCUUUUUCAACUCUGUUUUUUAAUGACUCUGCUUAAACUGACCCUGGAUCUGUUUGGGCAGUGGGCAGAGUUUUUAAAAUGUCUGAGUUUUUUCUUUUCAUUCUUUGUUUCUUUUUUUUAUAUUUUUAACAUGUUGGGGAUGACCUCUACAUCAUGAAAAUGUCACAAAGAAAGCUCCACCAGCUAACAGAGGGGUUGGUCUUAGCACAAAUAUUUUGAAAUACCCUCUUAAAAAUAUGGAGACGUUUAUUAUGACCAAGAACAUACAAAUCAUUGACCAAAUGACCUAGUCUAACCCCCCCAAUACAUACCCCCUGAAGUUGAAACCCCUCAAAUCAUGCCUUUUUCACUCCGAAAUGCUGCCUGGCAAUGAAGAAGCGCCCGUCAACCAAUAAAGAAAGCUAUUUUUGUAGCAUUUUCUUUUAUCACACAUGAAAAAUAAUGUUACAGGAACAUUGUAGAUAUUGUGAGGUUUGAAUAAUGUGAGCAUCAGCAUUAAAACAAGGAGCGUAUUUUAUCAUGUACAUAACCUACGCUGCCUGUAGCAUUUAAAAAUUAAAUACAAAACCAGUGCGAUCCUGGUUCAUUCAGCUAUGUUUCAACACCAGAACAUUAAAAAACAUACAUUACGUUUUUGAAACAGUCAUGAAAACUGUUUCCUUGUAACUUAGUUUUGCCAUAAUUAAUGAUUCUGUGUGGCCUUAAUACUCGAUCAAUUCUGUCUAAGACUGAACCACUUUAAUAUUUGACUAAUGCACAAACCCUUCCACCAUGGCUCCAAAUGGUUUAGAGUUUAAACAAUAUUGACCUUCAGUUUGACCUCUCAAGAUCACCAAAAAUCACAGGUCAUGUGACCAAAAAAGGUGCAAAUCAAAUAAUUUUGUCUUUGACUGACCCUCAACGCCACCAAUUUUGGCACAAAUUGGAUCAAAACUCUUUGAGUAACUUUGUUCACACAUGUACAGACACACAGGACCAAAAACGCCUGCAUGCGCUACAGCUGUGAGGAUGUUUUUAUUAAAAAAAUUAAGAUUGCCAAUUAUUCCACAAACAUUCCUAUAACAAAUGGAGCCACAGCUGUGUGAACACACAAGUUACAACCAGCUUCUGUACAAAGUUGUCUCUGGCUGAUUAUUUGGGCCACUGAUUAUCAGCCAAUGUCAUCUUAAAAGCAAAAUAAUCUGAGAAAUAUGUACUCAGUCAGGAGCAUAUAAAUAACAUAAGUUCCCUUGUUGGGGAUUUUUAUUUUAACCAUUUUGUUCUCUGUAUCGUCGGUGGUCCUGAUGCGUUUCUGCCGUCAGUCACACUGAGCUCUGUUCUUUGUGUUUCAUUCCAUCAGCUUGAUUUGUUUUUUAAGAGCUGUUGCUCAGAUAAUGCGUCAGAUGGUGACAGGUUGUUAUGGCAGCAGCAGGCCCUGACCAGCCCUUUGAGUUGAGCUCCUCAGUAAAAAUCACCUGCUGAGGAUACAACAGAAAUCUGCACUGUGUUGAACCUCUAAAUGCAAAUGGACACAUUAAAAUGUAAAAGCAUCUGAUUGGUUGAGAAUGUUUCCUCUUGGGAUCAUAUCAUUAAUCACAUUGUUAUUUAUGUGUGUCAGUGGGCGUGCAUCUGACCUUGUGAAUUUGCAUCAGUGUGUGCGUUGGCAUAUUUUGUCAUUUUGGUUUUAACUUUGAGGUCUCAUGACCAUGAUGCCUUCAGACCAUUAGAGAAAACAGAUUUUUGAAUUCCAGUGUAAAACAAGAUGGAUAAUUGUUGCAUUUAGAUUUUAUUUUUACUUUAAAAGUUUGUUGGACCAAAGUGUCAUCAUGUCUCUUGUUUAAUUACUUUGUGUAGAUAUUGAUAUGGCAUGAAUGGAUAUUGUAGGUAGCAGUACCUGUGGUCAUGAAGAUGGUAAUUACUAUGGUAAUCUGACAUUUGCCCGCAGUGACCUUCACCCAAAUGAUUGACCUCUGGUAAUUUUGCACUGGUACUUUUGGAGGGCACUGUAAUUUUGAACAGAUGAUCUCAAACACUUUCUCUGGUUCCAAAAUAUUUUUAAUUAUUGAUGGUUAUGAUGAUUGUCAUUUAUGCAUUUUAGACUUGAAAUUGGGGGGUGGAAGAAAAUGUGUAACGUGUUGUGUCGAAACAUGACUAGUAUUUGAGCCCAUGGCCUUUGGGUCAGAUGUCUGGUGCCCGAUCACUUAUGCCACAGUGUCUCAAGCUUCCAAAUGACUUUGUGAUAACAUGUAACCCAAACACUGUGGGAUAGUUAACCGCUACGUACAGACAGAAUUUUGUGGUCUCAUUACAGGUACAUAUGGACAGCCACUUCGUUGAUUGAUUGUGGAUUUGUUUUAACCUUUUCAAUCUUACUAUUUUUUCUGCAUUUCACCUAAUCCAGGGCGUAACAUGGAUGGCAUUUCUUUUGUUGUUUUUAGAUUUUAACGUCUGAAAAAAGUUAGUUUCAUCGUGUUACCUAAACUGCUUCUAUUUUAAUACACUUGAAUGUUAAGUGCUUUCAUAUUUUUGGAAAGUAAAGGACUGUUGAAACACUGAGAAUUUAAUCUUUGAAUCAGGCUGU